AUGCCGGGGCACCACUUCAAGGUCUCGGCUGUGCUGCCCAUUGCAGCUUCUGACUACUUCAUCGAGCGUGACAGCGCCGCCUUUCGAUCCCUCAUUUCAAAGAGCAUGAAGGUAGGAUCACUCGAUAUCGUGGACGGCUGGAUGGAGGGGGAGGCGGAGGUCUACAAGUUCGUGACGAUGCUGGAGGUGGAUAAGUACGUGCCGAAGGGCUUCCAGAGGCACUUCGCCAAGCAGGGCCUGCAGUACACCGACAUCAUCACCUACGACCCCAAGCUCAUUGCCUGCCCGCCCUACCGCCUGCCCGUCAAGAGCAUCGCUCCAAUCCUCCCAGAUAAGUCGCGCAUCGAGUGCGUGCUCACGAUAGAGGACGAGCAGCCCGGUGUGAGCUGCCGCCAGACGCUGGAAGGCGAGGUGGAGUUCAAGCUGUUGGGGUUGGGGCACCUGGCACAGCGAAUCGUGGUUGACAACCUGGAGAAGGUGUACCAGGGGAUGCCCCUGGUCGUGCAGAGGUGGGUGGACUUCAGGAACGAGGUGUUGCAGCACGAGGGCGGCAGGGACAUUCUGGUCUCUGGCCGUCCGGACAACCAUGGCAUCGGGUGGAUUAGUAACCGCAUCACUGCGAUGGUGCAGGCACCUUACAGCACGCAGCAGUUGGAGGAAGCUGCCCAGCCGGGCAGUUCAGCUGCCCAGGUGGCCCUUCCAGCUGGCAUAGCUGCCGUGCCUGAUCAGGCAAUGUCCAGUGGACAGCAAGAAGGAGGGGAGGACGAUGUCUACUAUGAUGCUCUAGACGACUGGGCCUGGGCAGAUGAAGAGGCCAUGUUGGACAGCUGCGCAGCCACACAGGCAGCUGUGAGGACGGACCACGCGGCGGCUGCUGUGUGGAUCCGGCAAGCCUCGCAGAAGAGUAUCGAGAAUGCACGCAUUGACAUCACAGCCGCAGCUGACACCAACCACACACCAAGCGCUCCCGGCGAUACCCAUCCAGAUGGGAUGCACAAGCACCGCAGCGCCAUUGGCAGGCGCUUCUCCAAGACAUUCCACAAGAACCAGGCUGCCUGGGACAAUUUCUGGGAUCAGCACCAGGUCCCUGUGCUGCAUGCAAUGCCCAAUUUGGCUGCCCGCCUGUCACACCUUCUUCGCAUGGCCAUAGGAGCGGGCCACAUGGCACGUGCCAAACUCGCCUAUGAGGCCUUGCAAAGAUUAGCUGCACAGUGGGCAACCGCUACAGGUGUCCAAGGUGGACUGCGGAUUGCUGGGAGCGGUGGAGCAGUUGGAGAGCUUGCUAUUCCCAUUAUUCUGGCCAAUGCCACGGCCGUGUUGACACCCAAAUAUGGACAAUUUGAUGUGUCCUACCAGUCAGUGGACAGCCCUCAGGACGUCAAAAAUGUCCUGUCGGGAGCGGAUGACUUUGCACUGUCCUACAUCCCACUCACGGCCCAAGCUUACAAGUCAGCCGGCAGGGUGCUGUUGCAAAUACCCUGGGCCAUCAGCAAUAUGGCAAUGAUCAUCAACGUCCCAGGUGUGGGCACCGGGCAACUCCGACUGAAUGCAAAGCUGCUGGGGAGCAUCUACCAAUGCAGCAUCACCAAUUGGAAUGACCCCGCCAUUGCCAUGAUCAACCCAGGCAUCACGUUGCCGGACUUGAAGAUUGUCCCGGGGGCGUUCUCAUCCAACAAGGCAACGACGCAGAUAUUCACGGCAUACCUGGCGACUGCGCCUGGCUGGAAAUUGGGAGUGGGCAUUCAGCUGCCCUGGACUCGCUGCGUGCAGCAUGUGCUCACUCCUGACAACAUGCUUGAAGCCGUCUCCAAGGCUCCAGGAGCCAUCAGCUAUAUUGGCGCCUGGCGGGUGAAUGCAUCUGCCCCUGUUCCGACAGCUGUGCUGCAGAACGCUGCUGGCAACUAUUUGGGACCCACCGCCCGUUUUGGCAUCGACUCCCUGAAGCUUCCCUCCAGCGUGGCGAGCCCCGACUGGGCAGGCGUGGAUUUCUCAGGUUCAAGCCUGCAGCAGGCAGAGGCCAUAAGGGAUUUGAUGGCCUACUUUCUGUCGGAUGCGGUCCAAAGCAAUCUCACUACCCUCGAUCUCGCGCCCAUACCACCUGCCAGACGGGCAUUGUUUCGCGCUGAGGUCGCGCAGAUGAUUGUGAGACCAACAAACGGCUCCACUCAAGGAGCUGCAACUGCUCUUGCUCCAAAUGUUCUAGAUGGGCUAGUCACAAUGGGGACAGUGGUGGAGGGGAGCGGGGGUGCAUCAAUCCAGAAUCUGAUCUACAGAACCAUCUCAGACGGGUCCGCCGCGAACAAGUUUGGCGCUGCCACGAUCAACUAUGCGCCGACCGACAGCAUCCAAGGGAAAGCAGGCGUCGUUUCAAACUCCUUUGCAUAUGGGAUUUCCACCAUCGCGCUGACGGCUGACGAGAUUGCUGCUGCUGGAAGGCCACUCGUGCAGGUUCCAGUCGGCUUCAGUCCCAUAGCCAUUGUGCACACAGUGCCAGGUGUCAAAGACGGCGUUCUGCGCCUCACCCCGAACAUCGUGGCGCGCAUUUUCCAGUGCACCCUCACGAACUGGAAUGACCCGGAGAUCAGAGCUGUCAACCCUUCGGUGACGCUGCCCGAUGUACCGAUCGCGCCGUUCGGCCUCGCUGAUGUCAGCGGGACGACGGAGUUGAUGUCAGUGUACGCAGCACGCAGCCAAAACUGGACGCUCGGCGUGUCCACUUCUCUUGCAUGGCCCCGCUGCGUCCGUCGCACCAGCGGUGGCAGCAACGCCGUCUUACAGUCGGUCAAUGGGACCGCGAAUGCAAUCGGGUAUGUGUCUUACAAUGCGCUGGUCGCCGUGGGGCCGCAGCUGCCAGUGGCGUCAGUGAUAAACAAGGCAGGAGUGUACGUUGCGCCCAACGCAUCAGUCUUCCCAUUCUAUAAGGAGGAGCUGCCCGACAACAUCUCCUCGCCCAAAUGGAAUGCCCUAAGCCUGAAUGACACCUUUCGGACCGACAAGUACCCGAUUGGGAGCCUCAUCUACAUCAUUGCAGAUCAGGAUCUCAGCGCAGUGGGCUAUUUACAGGCUCUGACUGUGCAGCAGCUCAUCCAGUACUUCCUGUCGGACACUGUGCAGGCCAACCUGCAGAGCCAGGGCGCCUCGCCAAUGAUUGCCACUUACCUUCCUCAGGAACGGCAGCAGGUGGCAGCGCUCAGAGUGGAGUCAGAGUCCCCAGGGGCUCCUGGCACUCCCAAGGGUGGCGUAGCGAGGGCGCAGGCGGGCAGUUCUAGGGCGGGGUUCCCUUGGUGGGCAGGGCUGAUAGUGGCCCUCGCAGCUGUGGCAAUUCUUGGCGCUGCUGCGCUGGCGGCUUGCUUAGUCAUCCGGCGGCGGCGGCGGCGGCGGACCAGCGAGGGCGCUUCCCUUGUGGCGGCGGGGGCACGACUGAAGGAUGAGGAGGUGGGGGCCAAGAAGGAGGUGUUCAGGUUCGACAGGGGGUCCGAUGACCCCCCAGACCGGGGGAACCGAGCGCAUGAUGCCAGGUCUACUCCGCCGUCGGGGAGGCUCAAUCGCACACCCAGCGUGGACAGCGAUCACCUCAUCGUCGCGGGUGGCGACCCUGUGCUGGACCAGCAGGGCAUCGCCAGCGCCGCAGGCUCGCUGGAGCCUCUGACCGGCGGCGGCAGCAGCAGCAGCCACAGCGGCCACCGCAGCGUCCGGAGCCAGAACGGGACGGCGAACAGUGAUGUGCAGAGCAUGCCGAGCAGCCGCGGUCAGAGCCUGCAGAACGAGCCGGCCAUGCAGAGCCUGCCGGGGCUCAUUCGCGCGCGCGCCAACUCCAUCGACAUCGAUGAGGUCGAGCGGGGAACGCUGUUGGGGAGAGGGUCAUUCGGGAAGGUGUAUCAAGGAUGGUGGCGGGGUGGCAGCGUGGCGAUAAAGAUUGUGCCGCACGAGGGGGAGCUUGGAGAGAAAGUGGACGCUCUGCGAGAGUCGCUACUCUGCAGCGCCAUCCAGCACCCCCACAUUGUGACCACGUACAAGGUGAUCACGCUGCACAAGGGCGCCGCGCAGCAGCGCUUGCGGCAGCAGGAGGCCUCCAUUCCAGAGGGAGUCGUCAGCUCGCCAGAAGGCUCUGCAGGCACCGGCACGAGCCAGAGCAGCCCCGGCAUGAACCUCAUGGAGACCUGGAUCAUCAUGGAGUACUGCGACCUCGGGUCCCUGGACAGUGCCAUCUCAGAUUGCCGCUUCCAGGACCUGGAGUCCAUGCUGCUGCGGCUGCUUGAUGUGGCGUUGGGCAUGGACUAUUUGCAUAAUCUUGGGAUUCUGCACACCGACCUCAAGCCCUCCAACGUGCUCCUGAAGACUACUGCAAAGACCCAGAACGACACCACGGGCUGUACUGCAAAGUUGGCGGACUUUGGGCUGUCGCGCGUGCUGGAGACCAAUGCAACCCACAUCUCCACCAACACCAUUGGCACGAUCGCGUACCAGCCGGAGGAGGUGCUGCGGGACGGCCAUGUGACGCCGGCAUCUGACGUGUAUAGUUUCGCCAUCCUCAUGUACGAGAUGUACACGCGCAAGCACCUCUUCAAGGGCAUGAUGCACUCGCAGGCACGCCUCUUUCGCGACUCUCCCGGGACAGCCUCUAGUAUGUUCUUCAAGGUGUUCAACGGCUACAGGCCGCCGAUACCGCUCGGCAUGCCCAAGGGGUUCCAGGAUCUGAUGACCGCCGCCUGGUCGCACAACCCGUCCGAGAGGCCCUCCUACCGCUCCAUUGUGAAGGCCCUGCAGCGGCUCAUACGAGAGCACCGGAGGGCGAUGGGACGAGCGACCUCGGUGAACCUGGAUGACGUGCUGCCAAUGGAGCCGGCGAUGCUGUUUCCUGUCGGCCCCGCGAUGCCCAUCCGCGUUCCCUCGGGGCCACCUCCGCCCGAGACGUCGUCGGCCGACUCAUCCAGAGCGCGCGAGAUGUCCGGCGCGUCUGUCUUGUCUGCACACGCCGCCCAGAGCCCCGGGACACCGGACGACUUUGAGCGGGCGCUGCAGGAUCUGCGCGCCAAGGCGGCCGCCGGCCGGCUCGCCCCGGCCGCGCCGUCCGCCACGGCCCCGGCCCCGGCCGCUGCGGCCGCGCCGGGGCACAAUGGCGGCAUCUCGGCAUUCGCCGCAGCCGCGGCCGGCUCCCCGCGGCACAGCAGCAAUGGCAGCGGUGGCAGUGGCAAUCGCGGCAGCGGCAAUCGCGGCAGCGGCAAUGGGGGGCACGGGACCCCCGGCUUGCCACCAAUGUCCGUGUCGGCGGCCAACGCGCAGCAGCCGCGGCCGAUGUCGCGCGGCAAGAACUAUGACCUACUGCUUGGCGACUGA